AUGGCCUUGCAGACUGCUCAACCCCACCUGGGGUCCUGUGGGACUCCCACCCACGGCAGCCUCUUCCUCCUUCUCAGCCUCGGUGGGUGGGCGCUACCUUCCAGAGCUCAGGCUGCAGACACGGAACUGGGUGUCUUUACCCCAUGGCUGCAACGGGACCUGUCCUGGCAGCGGCCUGAGGUGACCGUCAUCCUUCCGAGGGCCCAGUGGGGCACAGAGAAGAAGGCCUGCCCCCCGGGGCGGAAGGCCCAAGUGGUGGAUGAAAACCUUGUCUUUUACAAGGAGUGGGAGCUGGAGGCUUGUGUGGACGGAGCCCUGCUGGCCGCUCAGAUGGACCAGGUGAACCUGGUGCCCUUCACCUGCCAGCGGCUGCACAUUUUCAAGCGCAAAUUGGAUGAGUUCUACCCACAGGGGUACCCUGAGUCCCUCAUCCAGCACCUGAGGUACUUCUUCCUUUGGGUGACCCCCGAGGACAUCCACAGGUGGAAUGUGACUUCCCUGGAGACUGUGAAAUCUCUGCUCAAAGUCAGCCAAGGGCAUGGGAUGGAUGCUCAGGUGGCCGCCCUCAUUGCCCGCUAUGUAGCGGGAAGGGGCCAGCUGGACAAGGCCACACUGGACACCCUGGCCACCUUCCCUGCUACCUACCUGUGCCUCCUCAGCCCGGAGCAGCUGGGCUUCAUGCAGCUCAACAUUGUUUGGGCGACCAGGCCCCAGGACCUGGACACAUGCAGCCCACGGCAGAUGGCUGUCCUCUACCCCAAGGCCCACAUCGCCUUCCAGAACAUGAGCGGGUCUGAAUACUUCACAAGGAUCAAGCCCUACCUGGGUGGGGCCCCCACGGUCCUGCGGGCUCUCAGUCAGCAAAACAUAAACAUGGAUGUGGCCACAUUCAAGAAGCUGCAGAGAGAGGCUGUGCUGGCGCUGACCAUUGCUGAGGUGCAGAAACUUCUGGAUGCAAACCUGGUGGGCCUGAAGGCUGAGGAGGGGAACAGCCCGCUGUGGGACUGGAUCUCCUGGCAGUCGCAGGAGGACCUGGGCAGUCUGGGGCUGGGGCUCUACGGUGGCACCCCCAAUGGCUACCUGGUCCUGGACUUUAACGUCCGAGAGGCCUCCUCGGGAGGCCCUCACCUCCUCAGACUAGGACCUGGACCUGUGCUCACUGUGACCCCAAGUCUGCUCCUGGCCUUAAUCCUGAACUGA